CGGAGGCAGAACUUGGAAGCGAAAGCCAGGACUUGGAUCUGACUUUAACUGUGGUCGAGCUGAGUCACUGUAGCCGGCAGAGCCAUGGAGCCGGCCUUCACUUUUCCAUUACUCUGUGGAUUUUUCUCCUGUUGGUUACUAACAGCUGCUUCCAGUUCUAGGUGUGGAAAUUUAGCACUCUGAUAAGACAUGAAGGAACUGCUGGAGCUGGAAAAGGAGACAUCUAUUUCUUUUCAACAAACUGGAGCAGAAACAGGUUGGAUUUUCACAAGUGGUGAUAAGACUUUAUGGACUUAAACAUAUUGCGCAUUCAUUUAUUUAUAGUAAGUGGAAGUUGCAUGAUCCUGGAACUUACCGCAUGCCCUAUAGACACCUAAACAACAAGUAGACCUCCUUAAACUGCACGUUUCUGCUGUAAGAUAGCACAAUGUUGGACUUCUGUCUCAGAUAUGAGCAGUGUAAAUUACAGUGCUGACGUUGUGGGGAAGGCUUUUCAAGAACUCCCCGCUCCCUCUGUUCCCUAAACUUGACCACUUUCUUUAUGAGCCACUCUGUCUCCAAGCAAAUGGAGGAGCAAAAAGCCAUCCUAAAAUUUUUCAGGACCCUCUCAGAGGAGCUAAAUGAGGACAAAAUGCAAGGAGGCACUGAGCUGACCUUUAUUCUAAAGAAAAAUGGGGAUAUGAGCUUUGCAGAUGCUCUAGAGAACAGCAGAGACUCCUUAUCGUUUGUUAUAGUGCCUCCUGACGGAGAGAAGAUCACCUCUAACUCCAUUGGACAUAUAGCUUGGAAGGAAGCAGGAAAUGACUCAAAGUUGACAGAGGAGGAGAGGAAUAAUGUCAACCUAACAGUGCAGCAAAGCGAGGCCGUAAACGCUGAGAACGGCUCAGAGAAACAGACUAUUGCAGCAAAUCACGAGCAGAAUAAGAUGCCGGACGAGCUCUGUGACACUGUUAACGGCUGCGGCAACGAAGGUUGUCACAUAUCAGCGGAUGAAUGUGCCUUGGAGGAAGCUAACGCAAAAUGUCAACACAUUUCAGCUUACCGCGCAGAUCGUGAUUGUACUGCACCAACCGUUGUUAAGCAGGAUGACACAGAGGAAGCCAACCAGAGAAAAGACAGUGAAAGUGUUGAGGAAGAUUUAGUUGCAAGUGUUUCUGAUUCCGACAUGAGUUUUGACCCUGAGGAAUCUGAAACCAAACAUGUUGUGAUAAGUGUGUCUGGGAAAGGAACUGCAGUCGAGGAGCAGGUUGAACCAACAGUAACGCUAACGCUCCAGCAAAGUGGUGGCGCUUCCUGCUUCAAAAAUGAUGAAGAGGAGAGGACAGGAGCAGAGGAGGACAGCGGAGGAGAAGAAUUUCCAGACCCUUCCAGACCUGAAGACGUGUCACCAAAUAUUCUCAUAACAUCUGCAGCCAGCAACCCUCCACCUGGAUCCACCGUCAGCAGAGCCACCUUCUUGCCAGGCCCCCCAACGGACAAGCAGAUCCAGCUCCCCGCCCUCUUCAGCGGCCUGAGGGUCCUGAGGAAGGGGGUGGUCGGGCCCGAGCACGACACCGUGGCCCAGAUCAAGCUUUCGUCUCAUGGAGCAGGGAGGGACCUUUUCCCUGAGAGGCAAGGGGACGCUAAGGUUCAGGGGAGCUUCCUGGACCAGAUCUCCCAGUUCCUGAGCCGGGAGAAGAGAGGAGACGAGAAGGAGGAGAAGAAGGAAGGGGAGGCUGAGGGAGACCAGCACGACACCAGAGGCGAGAACGAGAGUGGAGAACUUGAAAUGGAGGAUGCGGUGGUUUCGUUCGAGUCUGCGAGACCAGCUGUGUCCAGUGCAGAGGCAGCGUUCGAUGCCUUCAAAGCCUUUUUCACCCCGAAGCCUUUGAGGAAGGACCCGGCAGAGAAGGUGGACCUGGAUGCAGUGAGGAAGAAGAUAAGGGCAGAUAAAGAUGUGCUGAGAGCGCUUUUUGAGAGAUCCUCCAGUAAGACGCAAGAGAAAAAAGACGAGCCCGAUUGCAAAUCAGAAGCAUCUACCCCGGGGGAGGGAGAAGAAAGAACUCCUGGUCGCCUACAAGCUGUCUGGCCUCCACUUAAAGAGGAAAAAAUUGGGCUGAAGUACACAGAAGCAGAGCACCAGGCUGCUCUCCUGCAGCUGAAGAGAGAAUGCAAAGAAGAGCUGGAGAAGUUACAGGAGGACUACGAUCAGGAGCUCUCCAGACUGAGGGUGGAAAACGAGGACAAUGUUGCCCGUCUGGAGUUCACUGUGGCCGAGCUGCAGGCCAAACUCUCCCAGGUGGGAACGUAUCGUCGCGGGGAGGUCAAAGAUGUCGCAGUAUCGGCGGGAGACGACUUUUUGCACAAAUCCUUCCGCACAGUCUGCAUCCAGACAGACCGAGAGACAUUUGUUAAGACCCCCGAGGGCGGAGGAGGUGCGGGGAGAGCCUGCACCAGCCCCCAGCAGCAGAGGGUGACCCCCAAGAAGCUGGACCUGGCCUCUAUCAGCCUCAGCCUGGCCGGUCAGAGGGACGAUACUUUGUCCUCCUCCUCCUCAUCACGCGACCCUCUUCCUCCUCCCGGAGCCACGCUACCUCCAGCAGAACCACCCGCUCCUUCUCACACAUUACUGGCCACAACACACAAUCUGCCCCCUCCUCCUCCUCCUCCACCACCACCACCUCCACCAUGUGUGUCCAUGCAACCAUCAAAUGGCCCUCCACCUCCACCGCCACCCCCACCUCCUCCAUCCACACCAGGCUUAGCUCCACCACCACCUCCCCCUCCUCCAGGUGGCGGUCUCAUGGUUGAUAAACCUCCCAGGAAACCAGCAGUGGAGCCAUCUAGACCCAUGCGGCCCCUUUACUGGACCAGAAUCCAGAUCCAGGACAACAAUAACAACACACUGUGGAACGUUUUAGAAGAACCAAACAUAAUUAAUGCCAGUGAGUUUGAGGAUCUCUUUGCCAAAACCACCACACAGACCAAGAGGAAGCCGCUGUCAGAGGCGUAUGAGAAGAAAGCCAAAGCCAGGAAGAUCAUUAAGCUGCUGGACGGGAAACGCUCUCAGGCUGUGGGCAUCCUCAUAUCCAGCCUCCACCUGGAGAUGAAAGACAUACAGCAAGCCGUACUGACAGUGGACAACUCUGUGGUGGACUUGGAGACCAUUGAAGCGCUGUAUGAAAAUAGAGCACAGCCGGAGGAACUGGAGAGAAUCAAGAAGCACUACGAGACGUCAGAGGAAGAGGAAGUUAAGCUGCUGGACAAACCCGAACAGUUCCUGUACGAGCUGGCUCAGAUCCCAGACUUUGCAGGCAGAGCUCGCUGCAUCAUCUUCCAGUCGGCCUUCAACGAUGGGAUGGCGUCCAUCCAGCGCAAGCUCAACACGGUCUCCUGCGUCUGUGAGGCUCUGCUGCAGAGCGAUGGUGUGAGGGGAGUGGUGGGACUGGUGUUGGCUCUGGGGAACCACAUGAAUGGAGGCAGCAGGGUCAGAGGUCAGGCUGACGGCUUUGGCCUGGAGAUUCUACCUAAAUUGAAGGAUGUCAAGAGCAGGGACAAUCGAAUCAGCCUGGUGGACUAUGUGGUGUCGUACUACCUGCACAACGUAGAUAAGAACGCCGGCACAGACAAAAGUAUCUUCCCACUUCCUGAACCUCAAGACGUCUUCCUGGCUGCACAGGUCAAGUUUGAAGACCUCAGCAGAGACCUGAGACAGCUCGGACGUGAUCUAGCAAGAUGUGAGAAAGAUGUAGAGAGGGUUUGCUCUGAUUCUCCUGAAGAACACCUGCAGCCGUUUAAGGACAAGAUUGAGGCCUUUGUUCUCAGUGCGAGAAAAGAACACGCAGGAGCUUCCUAUCAGUUGAUGACUGUGGAAAAGAGUUUCCAGGACUUGGCUUUGUACUUUGGACUGAAGCCCAAGACGGGAGAGAAGGAGGUGACCACCGGCCAUUUCUUCAUGCUCUGGUUUGAGUUUUGUGCCGACUUCAAGGCCAGGUGGAAGAGGGAGAACAAGAACAUCUCCAAAGAAAGAUUAAAAGAGGCUCAGCUGUCAGUGAAGAGGAUCACAAGCGAGAAGAAGGUGGAGACCAGAAAGAUCAACCCUAACAGUUUGAAAGAGCGACUGCGCCAGAAAGAAGCCAGCAUGUCUUCACCUUAAGAGACUCAGGAGGUAAAACUGAUAACCAAACUGGAUCAGACUGGAGGUGGAGCAUGAGACCAAACCCAUAUUUCUUUGGUGAACACGAGAUAAACUUUACUCAUUGAUUUACAGAGUUUAUUUGUCUGUUAUUCUCACAUGCCCAUGGAGUUCUUGCAUUCAUCAGCUGACAGAUUUGUGUAAUAUAGUCUGCUACUUACAAUGUAUUUAAAUUUAAAAGAUUGAAAAAAAAUCUUUGGUGCAAUACUGUACGUAGACCUCAUAGAUAGCUUCAACUGUGUAUAGAUUCUUAUAUUGCGCUUUCUUUUCCGUUGAUCCUGACAUACAAAGUCUAAUCUUUUCAAUAUUUUUACACAAAUAAAAUCUGUGAUCUGAAAAUCUGUGAUUUCAUGGCUUGGAAACGGUUUUAUUUACAAGCAACUUUACAAUAAACAUAUUAUGCACAACCAUAACAUGAAGUGGCA